AUGCCAAUCCCCCCCCAGAGGUUGUGUUUUCCUUGACUUUCCCUCCCCUCAGCCCCUGCAGCGCUCAGCCCCGACCAGGAGUGUCAUGGGCUCUGGGAGCCACCCAUGGGUGUGCCUGCGCCCUGGCUGCCCGCGCCAGGGGUGCUGAGUGGGAAGCUCCCACAAUCCCUUGGAACCGCCAUGUCCUUCAGCGCCACCAUCCUCUUCUCACCCCCCGGCGCCCAGGAGGCCACGGGUUGCUGCUGCGCCUGCAAGCGGGAGCCGGGGGCGGAGGGGGCGGGAGGUGCCCCCCCGCCCUCCUGCGCCCCCAUCAGCGUCUCGGGACAUGGGCUGGCGGUGCAGAGCUCCGAGCAACUGCUGCACGUCAUCUACCAGCGCCUGGACAAGGCCGUGGGGCUGGCUGAGGCUGCCCUGGCCCUGGCCAAGGCCAACAACCAGGCCCUGCGGCGGCUGGAGGAGGAGGUGGGAGGGCUGCGAAGGGAGGCGCACCCAACCGUCAAGGCCAGCCCCCCGCCACCGGCGGCUGAGGAGCAGGAGGAGGAGGUGGAGGCUGAAGGCUUGGGGAGCAGCGUCCAAGUGGUGAUCGAGGAGCUGAGGCAGCUUGGGGCGGCGGCAGGGCCACCUGGACGUCUGGGUUUCUCACCUGUGCGGCCUGGAGACUCAGGACUGGGUGGGGUGCUGGAGGAGCUGCCCCCACUGGAGGUCCUCCAUCAGCGAGUGGUGGUCUCAGAUUUUCACACCACCCCCUCCCCUUCUGCCCAGCCUGUGGGGGAGCCCUCGCCCUCAGGUUCCGAGGAGCCGCCCCCCUGCACUGCCCUAGAGGAUGGCUCCCCCAGGGAGCCCCGUUUUUCACUGGGGUUCAUCAGCACCCCCUGCCGCAGCCGGGGCAGUGGGCCCAAGAACACCCGGCGCAAGAGGGACCUGGUGCUGUCGAAACUCGUCCAUAACGUCCACAACCACAUCACCAACCAGAGGAGAUUCAACGGCUCUGAGAGCAUCAAGUCUUCCUGGAACAUUGGGGUGGUGAAAUUCCUGUUGGAAAAACUGAGGCACGAACUGGUGACGAGUCAGCACAACUACACCGACAAGGAACUGAAGGGUGCCUGCGUGGCGUACUUCCUGACCAAGCGGCGUGAGUAUCGCAACUCCCUGAACCCCUUCAAGGGGCUGAAGGAAAAGGAGGAGAAGAAACUGCGGAGCCGGCGCUACCGGCUCUUCGCCAACCGGGCAGGCGUGGCGCGGCUGCUGGGCCCCGAGGAGCAGCGGUUGUGGCAGGGCGUGACGGAGGAGCUCAUGUCGGAUGAGGAGGACAGCCCGAGUGAGCCGGGGGUGUGGGUGGCUCGGUCCCCCCGCUUCCGUGCCGCCCCCCUCACGCAGCUCUGCUACCGCCUGGACAUCAACGCCAAGCAUGGUGCCAAGGCCAACCGGGUCUACGGGCCGCCCUCUGAGCGCCUGCCCUCUGCCGAGGCCCAGCUCUUGCCCCCCCACCUCUAUGACCCCCACUUCCAGGAGCAUGAGGAGGGAGGGAACUCCAGCUCUGCCCCUUUCCACCCACCCCACAAGGCCUUCUGCCCUGACCUCCGCCCCUUCCUCGAGAUCAAGGUGGAGAAGGAUGAGUGAGCUGGGACAGCUGCCCCACACCCACGAUGGCUGCCACGGGGGGCCAGCGACCCUCCCGACGUGGGCUCAAGGUGGAGAACGUUGAUGGACCCAAGAUGGCUGCUGGAGGACUCUGGGGGAAUGGGGACAAGAAAUGGGGCAACAAGGUGGAGAGAGAUGAGUGAGCAAAGAUGGCUGCCACAUGUCCAAGGUGGCUGCCCUAUAUUCAGCAUCGUUGCCUCGCAGCAAGAUACUGCCGGUGGGCUGUGAGGGGGCGGGAGCUGCAACGUCCCCCCCCCACCUCAAUGCUGCCAGGGACCCUGGGGAAGGAUAAGUGAGCCAAGAUGGUCACUGCAGACUCGGGGGGCAGGGCUGUGGAAUGCUGCUCCCCGACACAGCUCCUCCAUUAACCUCAGGGUGCAGAGGAUGAGUACUUAGGGGACAAAAAGGGGGAGACAAGAUGGCUGCCCUGCACGCAAGAUGGCCACUGUGGGGAAAGGGAACAGACCGCACCAUCCCCACUGGGCCUGGUCUCAUGGUGGAGGAGGAUGAAAGACUGGAGGGCCAGAAAUGCUGGUGUCCCCCAAGGGACUGGGGUGGCAGGAGGCUGGAGGGGGACAGUGACAAGGGGGGAGUCUCCUGAAAUACGAGGCCUUUUCACUCUCA